AUGCCUCCCCUAGUCGUGUGUGCGGCAACCGAGCUCAUCGUCUUCUCCAUCCAUGUCAGUCGUGUGACAAUCUUUAGGCACAUCGGUCAGCAGAUCAGACACGAUCAGGCCGAGAACCGUGUCCGAGUUAACAAGCAGAAAGUCAGACGCAGACUCACCAAGAACGAGUUGAAGGCACGUGGAGAGGACAUCAUUCGUUCCAUCGUCGUCGAAACCAUGGAUCUUCGGUACAGCAAGCUGCUAUUCACCAACUAUCGGUGCGGCUGCAGCGUCCUGGCACGAAGCGGCUACGGAGUGGAAGCGAACGGUGUCGCCUGUGCAACGCUGAGAAUGCGCGCCUCGCGAAUUGGCGUAAUUGUCGUGCCGUUCGAGCUGUCCCGCCCCCGACCCCCCUCCAAGUGCACUGCAAACACUGGAAUCGCCCCUCCCCCACACUACCACCACCCCUCUGUAGACGCCUCUCAGACGACGGGGUUAAGGCGCUCCAUCUGCUACGCCCGCACUUGUCAGAACGACACACUUCGGUAUCUGAAGGCUCAGCCCCUGACUACAUCGGUCGGUGUUGAAGAAUUGGUACGGGAGACCAUGUUUCUUCUGACAAUGAUGAUGACCAUCACUGAGGCAAAUUACAACGUCGAAAAUGCAUGA